AUGGACGUGGCCGCCAUAUACGCGACGAACUACGGCUUUCGGCGGUAUUACAAUAAGAAAAGCGCCUCCCAAAAUCGCCCCCAACUGCCGCGGCUGCAGCACUGGGACGCGAAGCAGUUCAAGGAGCUGAAUCAAGGCACUCCGGAACACGACCGACGUCAACCCGGCUCCCACCAACCACAGAACCUACAACGAAAUCGAACCGAUUACCAGCAUCAACUGCACGUCGCCGCCCAACCGUUGAGGUAUCCUUUCAACCGCCCGACUCGGCGAGAAGACCCGGGCCACAACGGG